UUCCCAAGCAAUUAAUAACAAGACAGAAUAAGGACCAUUCUAUAAAGCUCACCCUUAUCUUCAACCUUUCUCUCACACAGUCUCCACUACCCACUCUCCCCUUCCCAACAACAUCCCCCCAUUUCUCUGUUUGAGAGAGAACCCCAAAGCUCAAAACUUCUUGAGAGCAGCAAUGGAGGGCAAGGAAGAAGAUGUGAGAUUGGGAGCUAACAAGUUCUCAGAGAGGCAGCCCAUUGGUACCUCUGCUCAAACUGACAAGGACUACAAGGAGCCACCACCAGCUCCAUUGUUUGAGCCCGGUGAGCUCUCUUCUUGGUCUUUCUACAGAGCUGGAAUCGCUGAGUUUAUGGCCACUUUCUUGUUCCUCUACAUCACUGUCCUCACCGUCAUGGGCGUCUCCAAGUCCCCCUCCAAGUGCUCCACUGUGGGGAUUCAGGGUAUCGCUUGGGCCUUUGGUGGUAUGAUCUUCGCCCUUGUGUACUGCACCGCUGGUAUCUCAGGUGGACACAUCAACCCAGCAGUGACAUUUGGGCUGUUCUUGGCGAGGAAGCUGUCCUUGACAAGGGCGGUGUUCUACAUCAUCAUGCAGACGCUUGGAGCCAUCUGUGGUGCUGGUGUGAUCAGGGGAUUCGAAGGGAAACAGAGCUUUGAGGUCAAUGGUGGCGGCGCCAACGUGGUGGCCGGUGGCUACACCAAGGGCGAUGGUCUCGGUGCUGAGAUUAUUGGUACCUUUGUCCUAGUCUACACUGUCUUCUCAGCUACUGAUGCCAAGAGAAACGCCAGAGACUCACAUGUUCCUGUACGUAUAUACUUACUUACUUUCCACCUUACCUGACUUAGUACUAAACUGCCCUUAAUUGCUUUUUGUUGGUGUUCUUUUGUAUGUUGUUACCUUUGGAAUUUAAGGUUUUCAGUACUCUGGGAGCGGUGAAGUUUUGAUUCUUUAAGAUAGCAUUUUGAGAUUAACCCUAGUGGACUGACUGCCCUUUCAAGAUCUGGUUUUUAUCACGCCAUAAUUCUAAGUUAAGCAUAGUUUUCUGUCUCGCCAAGUUGGUUUUUCAUGAUGCUUUGAGACUCCAUGUCUUUGGAUCGAAGCGUUUCUUGUGGCAAACAAGAUGAAGGAUGCUUUUGCCAAUGGUGCAUGUGACUUGUUCAGAGUUGCCUCUUUUGAACGGCUCAUUAUUUGGGGUAGAAGGGGACCUUUGAAUGUGAUGUUUUCUUGUAAAAAAAAAAGUGAUGUUUUCGAUGGGACUGAGAAAGAUGUGAAUUUUGGUCCCUACGCUUUCCCAAAACAUUCUUGGUGGUGGUAAUAGUGAUGGGGGACACUGGCUAAUCCUAUCAAAAUACCUUUGGGUAAUGCAUAGCUUUAGCCUUUAACCAUGUGAAGAGUGUUUUGUAUCGUUCGUGUAUCUUUUCAUUUGAUGGAUUCAAUGGAUGAUAAGCAGGAUGCUGUUACCUAAUAAUUUCCUGCUUCUGUUGCAGAUCUUGGCCCCUCUCCCAAUCGGGUUUGCAGUGUUCUUGGUGCACUUGGCCACCAUCCCCAUUACCGGAACCGGCAUUAACCCGGCUAGGAGUCUUGGAGCUGCAAUCAUCUACAACAAGGACCAUGCUUGGGAUGACCAUUGGAUCUUCUGGGUUGGACCAUUCAUUGGAGCUGCCCUAGCUGCUCUCUAUCACCAGGUUGUUAUCAGAGCCAUUCCUUUCUCAAGCAAGUCUUAAAUUGAUCUCAGCACGAAGGACGAAGAAACAUUUCAGUCGGACUCCUUGCAGCUUUCUCUAUCAUUCCAAUCCUCUGAGUGUUGGCUUCUUUCUGGCUGGGCUUCUUUACCUAUGUCUCCAUGUGAUUGUGAAAUCGGAGUGUUGCUCGUUACUCUCCUAUUAUGUGUGUAAAUUAUUCUCUGAUGGUUGUUAUGUGAGAUGAUGAUGUCUUUGGAUUAUUAGAGUUCGUAACAACAAUCAUGGAUAUGCAGAAUUCUUUCUACCUAUUCUAUUUCCAUGGGUCCUUCGUAGUUUUCCAGAACUUGUGGCGUCGUUUACUCGCAAUUCAUUCCCCAUUCGUCCACCAAACUACGACCCAUUCCCCACAUACAGUUGCACGAGACGUGGGCUGCCUAAAACCCAGUGGCAUAUGUCCAUCCCACACGAAUGACAUAGAUCAUGGUUUCGAUGGAGUUCCACAGGAGCCAAAUGCCACCUGGGAGUCACGGAUCCUAAACUAGAUUACAGGGAUUUUAGGUUUGAUUACAACAACAGUACUUUGUUUGAAUGUUCUGCAAUCCAGGAUCCAAACAGGGGAAAAGAGAAGGGACUUGCCUAAGUCGAGGGCUGUGGUUCUUGUGGAGCUGCGAUCAACAUCUCUCACUUCUAUUAUCAGUCUUCAGGUACUGUGGGACUGUGUCCAAGGUCUCAACUCCCCUUGAAGAUGAUCUGGAGGGACUCCUUUCAGAUCCUUGUGUGGCACAUUACUGAUCCAGUGGCGAGUUUAGCACCGCAUCUCCCACGAGCAGAGAACUUCACAAGGUUCCCAACCUUGUAGUUGUCCACCUCUUCAUUUACAUCCUAGCUGGCAUUCGAAAUUUACCACAUUGACUUGUACCUUUCUUC